GUCUUGACCGGAAAUGACAGCAGUGUUUCAGCUGUCAUGGCUGUAAAGAGGAAUGUUUUGGGGCUGCCACUGCUCUUCUUGUUAAUUUUAGUGGCUCUCUUGCAUUUACUAAUUUGUCCGUUUACUAAAGUUGAGGAGAGCUUUAACUUACAAGCAGCGCACGACAUUUUGUAUCACAGGCUUGACUUUGACAAGUAUGACCAUCAUGAGUUUCCUGGUGUGGUGCCACGGACUUUCCUUGGCCCCCUUUUUCUUUCCGUGCUCUCCUCCCCUGCUGUGUUUCUGUCCUCUCUGCUGGAUGCACCAAAAUUCUACUCACAGCUGAUAGUCAGAGCUUCCCUGGGGGUUUGUGUUAUUGGUGCUCUGUGGCACAUGCAGAGAGAGGUGACGAGGCAGUUUGGCUCCACAGUUGCAAUUCUCUUCUGUCUCACAUGUGCUUCACAGUUUCACCUAAUGUUCUACAGCACCCGGACUCUCCCUAAUGUAUUUGCACUACCAAUAGUUCUUGUAGCAUUCACAUCUUGGAUGGCUCAGAAAUAUGGCCGCUUCAUCAGCCUCUCUGCUUUAGCCAUCAUUGUGUUCCGGUCAGAGCUCUGCAUCUUCAUGGGUCUCAUGUUACUGAUAUCACUGCUGAGCAGGAAGCUGGGACUCCUGCAGCUGCUUUACUAUGCUGUUCCUGCUGGGAUCUUGUCACUGGCUCUGACAGUGGCUGUUGACACCUUCUUUUGGAGGAAGUUUCUAUGGCCUGAGGGUCAAGUUUUGUGGUACAACACUAUUCUCAACAAAAGUUCCAACUGGGGAACCUCCCCCUUUCUCUGGUAUUUUUACUCUGCGGUGCCCCGUGCCCUGGGCUGCACGUUGCUCUUUGUCCCCCUCGGCCUUCUUGACAGGCGGAUGAGGCUGCUGCUGCUACCCACAGUAGGCUUCAUCCUCAUCUACUCGCUUCUGCCCCACAAGGAGCUGCGCUUCAUCAUAUACACUUUCCCCGUGCUCAGUUUGGUGGCUGCCCGAGGCUGUUCUUUCAUUUUGUGCAACUACCAGAAAUCCUGGAUGUAUAAACUGGGUUCGGCGGUUGUGGUUGGUCAGCUGUUGAGCAACGCAGUGUACUCUAGUAUUUGUCUCCAUGUUUCCUACCACAACUACCCAGGGGGCCACGGGCUGCAGGAACUACACAGGCUGCGGUCAGCCACUGCAGACAUCUUUGUUCAUAUUGACACCUAUGCUGCUGAAACUGGAACAUCACGCUUCUUAGAGCAAAACAGAAACUGGAGAUAUGACAAACGGGAGGACAUGAGUCCCACGAAUCCUGAGAUCAAGAUGUACUCACACCUGCUAAUGGAGGCUAAUGUUACCAAGAUACAGCUACUGCAGGACACUCAUCAGCCUCUGGCCUUCAUAGAAGGUUACAGCAACAUUGCCUUCAACAUGUUCCACUUCCCUCCCGUCAGUGUGCGACUGGUGAGAAAAACUGUACUGAUGGAGAGAAAAGACUGGCAACAGAAAGAGUACCAGAAACAGUUCUUGGUGACCAAAAUUAUGACAGAACAGGUUAUGAUAGUAUAGAUUGGGAUGUAAAGGUUAUUUUUCUGGGUGAGAAAGGAGGGGUCUGUCAUCUGUCACAUUCCUGUGACAGAUGUUAAGGUAUUGGAGUUAUAAAGCUCUCAUGAAUAGCAAGAAACAGUUUCUGUAUUAUUUAUAGAAUGUGAUUUUUAUAUUGUAGUAUUAUAAUUGUAGAUAAAUGUUUUAUAGAUAAUUACAGCUGAAUGUGAACACAGGAAAAAAACAUUUGAAACAGUCAAAACAUCUAUAUUUUUUAACUUUGGACCCCAAACUCCCAUGUUUUGUAUAAUAAAAUAUCUAAUUGAUUAAAAACCAA